UUCCCUUGCCGAAUGCUCGAUUAUGCAAUAACGAGGUUGAGCGGAGGUCUACUUUCUCAAACCCUAAUUUUGCCUCUGUAACUCUGUUGAGCUUCCCUUCCUAAUUCCCUUUCCUCCGAUCUCUCUCUCUCUCUCUCUCUCUCUCUCUCUCUCUCUGUGAGUGUGUGUGUGUACAGCUGCUGCUGGCAGUGGUGGUGAUGAUGAAUCUCAUUCGGCAAAACCCAUCUUUGAAGGCCAUUCCUUUUGCAAGUUUGAGGCGCUGGUUGUUGCCAUUUUCCACCGCCAUCAAUGGGAACCACCAAUGUCCAUCCCCACCCCCAUCGUCGUCUCCUCUGAAGGGGUCAUCUUUUAGUGUGCUUGACUAUCUCACAAGCUCAUGUGGGUUCCCUUCGGAUGAGGCUUUACGUAUAUCUGAAAAGCUAGGAAACAGCGGUUGCGCUGAAACUGCUGUUGAGAUCGUCAAUUUCUUGAAAGCUAGUGGUUUCACGGAUGCCCACAUGAAGAAGCUCAUUGGUUAUUACCCAAAAGUGCUGGAGGCUGCCUUGGAGGAUGACCUAAAACCCAAGAUCAAGGCGUUUCAGGGUUUGGGUGUCUCUGGAGUCCGCCUCGCAGAUCUGAUUAUCUCGCAAGCAGCGUACCUCAGCAGAGAUAUCGAGAAAUGGAUGUUGCCAUCCAUCGCUUACCUCAAGACCUUGCUUUCUAGUGAUGAGGACGUCGUCAGGGCGCUCAGGAACUCCGGUUGGUGCUUUUCAUGUGAUGUCAGGAAAAGGAUGGAGCCCAACAUCUCGAUUCUGCAUCGUUGCGGCCUUCCUCAUGAGACUGUGUUGAAGUUCAUGGUAAGGAAGCCUAGGCUUUUGAUGGUGAAACCCGACAGGCUUGAGGAAAUGAUUAAGAAGGCCUACGAGUUAGGAUUUCAGCAUGGCUCUGGGAUGUUGCCUCAGGCGGUUUGGGCCAUCUCCUCAAUGAAUCAAGGUACUUGGGAUGCCAAAUUUGAACUCUUGAAGAGCUUUGGGUUGAAUGAAGAACAAAUAGUUUUGACGUUUCAGAAAUGUCCGUAUUUCCUGUCAAUGUCCGAGACGAAAAUGAAGAGAGCUUUGAGGUUCUUCAUGGACGAGCUUAAAUGCACGCCUUCAGACGUAGCGGAGAACUCGAACAUGAUGAGGUUGAGCAUGGACAAGAGAAUCAUUCCUCGUCUUUCUUUAGUGAAAUUGUUGUUAUCGAAGAAGCUUCUGAAAAGAAGUUUGAGUAUGUCGACCAUCUUGGUUAUGAGUGAAAAUAAAUUCUACAAAGACUAUGUGCUCAAGUACAAGGACGAGGAUCCUGAUGUUUUUGAUGUUUAUGAAAGGUUGAGAAAAUGAAUUUUGGAUGGAAGAUUUCCUACUGAUAAAGCAAGCUCAAGGGUUCAUUUGCUCAAGUAUUUUUCAUCUCUGGCGUGUGCACAUAUGGUUUUCUACGACCAGAAAGCCAAUGGUUGGGACGAAGCUUCGCAGCAUUUCUAACAGUCAAGGGCCUUGAUCAUUGCUAAAAGGGCAUGCAUAGGAAUUGUUUUUGAAAGAACUCUGCAAGGAAUCAAACAAAACAAAUACAACAUGUGUACAUAACAUAUGAACAGACUCUACAUAACAUAUGAACAAGAGUGAACAACAUUCAGAAUUACAAUCCAAUAAGGAGGUUUCCAUCCCAAGCCACCUCCUCUUGAAGUAUUUUGAAAACUAAUGCAGACAUCAAACAACAUAGAGAACCUAGGGGCUGAAUAGAAACUGAAAUAUAGGAGCUUGCUUGAGCACCAAUAUGGUAGAGGAAACAUUUGAAUACCUUCUGGUAUCAAUAGCUGCAGAUUGCUAGGUGUGACUUCUUACUUCCAUUUUAAUAUCAGACCCAAGCUCAAUUGGAAGUUUUCCGCAAGGGACCCCAGAAAUAGCAUAGAAGUUUCUACUACUGAAUCCUCAGAGAUACUAAAACACCCUUCCUGAUCACAAAUCAUGUAGGCCACUCUCACUUAAUCCUCCAUCGCUAAGGAAACCAUAAAGAGAAGAUGCAAAAAGUUCUGCCUCAGACUCCAGUAGUCACCUAUUUGGACCAACUUUCGACCAAAACUUCAAUUUCUGAACAGUGGCUUCUUCCGGAUUCAGCUUGGAAAGCUGCUUAGUACAAGCUAUUGUAGUUUGACAAUAUAUAUGCUUAGCUUUCUGACAUGUCAAUAUUGGUGGAACACAAGAUUCUCGAUCUCGAAAUUUUCAAAAGAACUACAUGAAGUACUUGCUUCCAAGUUCUGUACUCUUAGCCAUAUCUCAUGAAAACUUUUCUUGCUCCAUGGUUGGAUCUCAUCAGGAACAGAGCCAGGCAGGAUUGAGUUGCAAAUAAACAUGAUUCUUAAAAUUAAUUGGUUUAAUUUUGUCUUCCUCCAAGUAAUGUAUGUUUAAGCAGGCUUCUAACAGGUAUACACUGUGUUAGCUCAGCUCCCCACUGAGAGCUAUGAAGGAUAGGAAUGGUUUGCAUCAGCUGAUCCAAAAGAUCUCACUUUGUAGUUGAUUCCAGUCGUUAUCCAAGCCGAAUGUUUGACAUGUUUAUCAUCCGUUCUGCUUGCCUUUCUCAUUCUCCAUAGACUCCAAUUAAAUAUCAAAAACCACUCUACUUUUAACUCUUCCA